AUGCUACUUGGGAUGUCAUCUCUCGCACAGAGUGAGGAGAGAGCGAGUGCGCCAAGUAAUGCGGGCGAUCGUGCUGCGCUAAAGGCGCUAGAGCGAGAGAAUGCGUUGUUAGCGCAGACCAUUGCAGAGUUACGGGCCGGGGGCGCCGCGCCAGAGGGCGCUAGUGAAGAUUUAAUACAACUGAAAGAAGAAUUGGCGACGUUAUCGAAGAGAAAUGCUGAUUUAGAGGCUCAAGUUAGAUGUUAUGAACAAUUGAAUACUGGCAUUAGUACGCAGGACAUGCCAGCUACUCCACAAGAGAUGGCGACGCGAAUCCGUGAGAUGGAAGUCAUCAUCCAAGCUCUGAACAUGGAGAAGGAGGAACUAUUGAAAGACAAAGCUGAUUCCUCUGAGAAACUUAGGCUACAGGACAAGGAGUUAAAGGACGCGCUAUCACAACGUAAGCUUGCGAUGACGGAGUACAACGAAGUUACAGAACGAUUGUCUGAACUUAGACAACAGAAACAGAAGCUCUCGCGGCAGGUCCGUGACAAAGAGGAAGAGCUAGAAGUAGCGAUGCAGAAGAUAGAUGCGUUGCGACAGGACAUACGGCGCACUGAGAAGGGACGGAGGGAACUCGAGGCUAGGCUCGACACUGCUAUAUCUGAAGCUACCAAGGAGCGCAAGUUACGCGAGGAAUCGCUCCGUAGUUCACGCGUAGAAACGGGCGCGCCGCCCGCCGCCUCUGCCGCCGCGGACGUCGCCAGGCUGCAGGCCGAGGUCGAGACUCUAGAGUUACAAUACAAGGAAUCGCUAGCGCAGCAACAGGCGCGGUUCCAGGCGGAAUUAGCCGCGCUCAACGACCAACUGCAGGAGGGAGACGCGUUACGCAACGUUCUCAAUAGAGAGUUGCAAACAUCGAAGGAGAAAUUGGAAAGUCGGCGCCUCGAACAGUUGUCGGAUAGUGAAGACAAACAGAUGCUUAUGAACGAGAACAGGAAGCUUGCCAAGGACCUGGACGCUGUGAAUAGCAAAUUGGCAGAGAACGGUAGAAGAUGGCAGGCAGAACGAAGACAGAUGGAAAUAGAGUUAGAGGAGUUGAGAGCCAAGAGAGAUACCAUGCAGCAUUGGGAGACACAGGUCAGUGAUAUAGCCGACAUUAUCCGAUGGGUGGCCGAUGAAAAGGAAGCUCGAGGCUACCUACAAGCACUCGCUACUAAGAUGACUGAGGAAUUGGAGUAUCUUAAACAUGCGAGUGCAUCCCGAUCCUCCCUAGUCGUGGCCUCGUCCCCGCCAUCGGGCGGUGGUAACGAGGCGCGCGGUACGGGCGGCUGGAGGAACCGACGCUCGCAGAAACUCGACAAAAUGGAGAUACUCACUCUACAGUCCUCGCUGCACUCCGAAAUACAAGCCAAACAGGCGGUGGGAGAGGAACUUUCUAGAACCAGAGCUGAGCUGCUUGCUAGUCAGAGAGAACUAUUGGAAACCCGACAACGAUUGGACUCCCUUGCACACGAUAUGAAGCGCAAGGAACAACAUAUACGCGACAUGCAAGCCAGACUCGAUGCGCCUCACCAACCCGGUAACUCCUUUUUGGACCGACCACCGUCACAGAUGAGCUACCUAGACCAAUUCCUGAAGGAAGCGCCGACGGAACGACAUUACGAUAAUGUGGCUACUAUCAACGAACAAAAGUUAAUGUACGGCUCUCAACAAUCGGCUGCGUUGAGUGGGUCGGUGGAGUUACAAGACGAAUUGGAAGGCCCCCGGGCGUCAUCACCGGCAUCCAGCAAGAGUUCCCCCAGUGAAAUCUCAACAGUCAGUAUGGAUCCAUCGCUGGGCCCCACGGUACCAGGCAAACAGAAGGUGCAUCAGUUCUUGGUGAGGACGUUCAGCAGUCCUACUAAGUGCAACCAUUGCACUUCCCUCAUGGAUUGUAAAUUUGAACAUCCAUUCACCCCGUUUUACAUGCCACAUCUGCUUGGAAUCUUUACGCUAGCCACUAAGUUGUGA